GAGCGCUGCGGCGAGAGCGGCCAACAGAACGCCGCCGCCGCCACACGCCGCCCGCGGUCUCCACUCCGCCGCCGCCGCCGCCUACCGGUGCCCACCCGGCGCUCCCUCAACCGCCGCCGCCGCCCCCGCCCCCGGGCCGGCCCUUCUGCGAGCCGGCGAGCGGCCUCUGCGCCGGGCCAGACCCGGAGCGGCGCCUUCUCGCGCCUCGGCCGCCCGCGCGUCCUCGGCCGCCCGCCUGGCAUGAAAACCAAGUUCUGCACUGGGGGCGAGGCGGAGCCCUCGCCGCUCGGGCUGCUGCUGAGCUGCGGCAGCGGCAGCGCAGCCCCGGCCCCCGGAGUGGGGCAGCAGCGCGACGCCGCCAGCGACCUCGAGCCCAAGCAUCUGGGCGGCCGGCAGCCGCCGCUGGCGCUGCCCCCGCCGCCGCCGCCGCCGCUGCCGUUGCCGCCGCCGCCGCCGCCGCCGCCGGCCGCCGAGCAGCCCGAGCCCCGGACGCGGCGCAGGGCCUAUCUGUGGUGCAAGGAGUUCCUGCCCGGCGCCUGGCGGGGCCUUCGCGAGGACCAGUUUCACAUCAGUGUCAUCAGAGGUGGCCUCAGUAACAUGCUGUUCCAGUGCUCCUUACCCGACACUGUGGCCACCGUUGGUGACGAGCCCCGGAAGGUGCUCCUGCGGCUGUAUGGUGCGAUUUUAAAGAUGAGGUCCUGUAAUAAAGAGGGAUCCGAACAAGCUCAGAAUGAAAGUGAAUUUCAAGGGGCUGAGGCCAUGGUUCUGGAGAGCGUGAUGUUCGCCAUCCUUGCAGAGAGGUCCCUGGGACCGAAGCUCUACGGCAUCUUUCCGCAAGGCCGCUUGGAGCAGUUUAUUCCGAGCCGGCGACUAGACACUGAAGAAUUAAGUUUGCCAGAUAUUUCUGCAGAAAUAGCUGAGAAAAUGGCUACAUUCCAUGGUAUGAAAAUGCCUUUCAAUAAGGAACCGAAAUGGCUUUUUGGAACAAUGGAAAAAUAUCUCAAUCAAGUGCUGAGAAUUAAGUUCACUGGGGAGCCCAAAGUGAAGCAGCUGCACAGAUUCCUCAGUUACAACCUGCCUUUGGAACUGGAAAAUCUGAGAUCAUUGCUGGAAUCCACUCCAUCGCCAGUUGUUUUUUGUCAUAAUGACUGUCAAGAAGGUAACAUCUUGUUGCUGGAAGGCAGAGAGAAUUCUGAGAAACAGAGGCUGAUGCUCAUCGACUUUGAAUACAGCAGCUAUAACUACAGGGGAUUCGACAUUGGGAACCAUUUCUGUGAGUGGAUGUAUGAUUAUACCUACGAGAAGUAUCCCUUUUUCAGAGCGAACAUCCUGAAGUUCCCCACCAGGAAGCAGCAGCUCCAUUUUAUUUCUAGUUACUUGGCUGCAUUCCCAAAUGACUUUAAAAACCUCAGUAAUGAAGAAAAGUUCAUUCUAGAAGAAGAAAUGCUGGUUGAAGUCAAUAGGUUUGCCCUCGCCUCCCAUUUCUUCUGGGGACUUUGGUCCAUCGUGCAGGCCAAGAUUUCAUCCAUCGAAUUUGGCUACAUGGACUAUGCCCAAGCGAGGUUUGAUGCCUAUUUCCACCAGAAGCGGAAGCUGGGGGUGUGACCGUGCAGAGGACUUCGUACACUUCAUUCCUGGACUGCGUGGGGCGGCCGAGCCAGUGGGGCCCUCUGCUCCGACUACUGUCCCUGCGGCAAGAAGCUGGGACGUUUCGCUGCCGCACACAGAUGUGUAUGAUACGAAAGACUGUAUUAAAAUUGAGUAACCUUUAUUUCAUAUCUCGUUUACGACUUCACUAGGCCUGGCGUGAGCUCGGCAGCAGAAACUCGGCUCAGUAGCGCGCUAGUGCGGAUCUGUAGUCCCGAGGCCCGGGAGCUUGCGGCCGGGCGCGCAGACAGCCGCGUGCCACCACGCAUUCUGGCUCACGUUGACCUUCUUACAGGACUUCGGUUACCCUGCUGGUGAGCACUGUGCCAGCUCUGUAGUAACAGUGGAGCCUCUGCUCACCCGAGGGUGGCGGAGGACAGGACAGACCGUGACGUUGCCCGUGGCCUGCCCGUGAGUCUCUGGAAGCUGCUCCUUCACCCUUUGGUCCAAAUGACUGAUGCUCAAGAAACAGACCCCGCACGACAAGCGCAAGCUGCUGUCUCCGUGUGAUGGAUGCAGCUCGAAGGGCCUGGCGUGUGUUGUCCAGACAGACGUCCCCCUAACGGGGUAGCCUCUGCCGCUCCCUCCUCACUGAAUGUGCUUCAUUAACCCUGGCCAGGGAGGGCUAGCGGCUGGGCACGGGCUGUGGGGGUGUGCAGACACGUGCCCCCUCCGAGCCUCUUCCCCACGGGUGGGCAGGCUGUGCCCCCUCCGAGCCUCUUCCCCACAACUGCAGCCCACAGCUGGCGUUUCUGUGCCAGGGUUGGCUGCCCUGGGCCCCUCAGGAGGAGCAGGAAACCCUGGCAGGGGGCUCUCGGUGGCCAGCUGUCCCUGCCCUCUGUUCCCUGACACCCUGUCAUCCUGGUGGGUACCAGCAGUCUGUGUGUGACGUGAGGGCGUGGAUAGAAUAUAGCUGUGAAAUCUGUAUGUUCAAUAUCCUUUGGGGUAAUUUUUUUUAAAUCUGAACUCUAAUUUGAAUUGUUUCUGUGCAUACAUUUCUGCUACCACAGAGACUGUACUAUACAAACA